CGCCAUUUCGUGUCCACUGGUUUCAAGGUGAUACAUUCAGCCAGCAGAGCCGUAAGCGGAUCUUUACCUACUCAAGUAGAAAGAGCGUUGAAUUGUUCUCAUUUUUAGUGUUAAGCUCCUGGUGAGUAUUUUUACACGAGAGAUUUUUUCCCUUUUUUAUUUUUUUCCUGACUUUGAGCCGUCUUUGGGACUUUUUGUUUUUAUUUUUAAUGCAUUUUUCCUGGCUGGUGUUUCCCGAGACUGUGUUGGCUUUAGUGGCGUACAUUUUGUGAUGGCAGCAUAAACUGCGCAGAAACUAGUUUGAAGUAGCUCCCACAGCGAUAUAUUUUUUUCUUUUUGCUUUUGUUUUUCGAAUAAGACACUUUAAAAAGAAACAAACUCGAAAGAUUUUUCAGGGAAGCUGUGUUGCCUUGUUGUUUAUCUGAGUGUGGUCUCAUUUUCAUGGAGAGAAAUAUGGAAGAAUGUGCCAGGAUUUUGUGGACAGUGUUCCAAACGGGUCGCCCCUUUUUCUGGAAAUAUGUUUUUACAUUUUGUUUUUGAUUCUCGUUCCCCCCCAACUUGAAACUUGAUAUGCAGUCGUUGGCAUUGGGUCGUCUUUUUAUAUUUUCUCUGUGAUUUUGGCAGUGCUGAGGCAGUAUGCUUUCUGCAGCAGAUCUCAGGAGUGAUGUCAUUUUUCAGACACAGACAGGCAGGCAGACCUCCACCGAGCCGAGUACAGACACAAUGGAUUGGUCGUCGUCCUCCUCCUCCAGCCUGAUGGCCAGCAGCAACGUGACCAACAAGACCGACCCCCGAUCCCUCAACUCCCGCGUCUUCAUCGGCAACCUCAACACCCUGCUGGUCACCAAGGCGGACGUGGAGGCCAUCUUCUCCAAGUAUGGCAAGAUCGUCGGCUGCUCUGUCCACAAGGGCUACGCCUUCGUCCAGUACGUCAACGAGAGGAACGCCAGAGCCGCCGUGUCCGGGGAGGACGGCCGCAUGAUCGUGGGACAGGUUUUAGACAUCAACCUGGCAGGUGAGCCGAAGCCUCACAGAUCGAAGACGGUGAAGCGAUCUGCUGGAGACAUGUACAGCUCAUCCUUUGAUUUGGACUACGACUUUCAAAGAGAUUACUAUGACAGAAUGUAUUCCUACCAGUCCCGGGUGCCUCCUCCACCCCCGCCGCUGUCCCGAGCCGUCAUCCCCUCGAAGCGUCCCAGGGUGAGCCUGAGCGGCGGAGGGAGCCGGCGAACCAAGACCAGCUUCUCGUCCACCUCCAAGAGCAGCCAGAGGACUUCACGUACGAUGAAGACAGACGAUCUCCAGACCAUCAAGAGAGAGCUGACGCAGAUCAAACACAAGGUGGACUACCUGCUGGAGAGCUUGGAGCGCAUGGAGAAGGACCACACCAAGAAGUCAGAGAUGAAAGGCUCCAAGCCAGAGCCUGGUGAAGUGUCUCCCCUCCACUCAUCCACUUCCAGCAAAAAGGAGGAUGGCCCGAAGAGGGACAGAGAGAGCCAGGAGCUGAAUGACUCUGAGGAGGAGGGGGAUCUGCUGGAGGACGAAGACGAGAUGAAGAGCAGAGGCAGAGAGGAGGAUGAGGAGGAAGGCGAGCAGGAGGAAGGAGAGGACGACGGUGAAAGCGCCAACGGAGAGGAGUCCUGAAUGAGACCCAGGCAGACAGACACACACGUACACAUACACGAAACCAGAUUGUGUAUGAUAGUUGCUCCACACCAGACUUGUACACAGCGGUCAUGUGCUCAUAUCUGCUGAUCUGACUGGACAAUGACAGAACAUACAGUGUAUUGUAGAUAAUUGCUCCUCUCGUACACGAAUUAUAUGUGAAAUACUCAUUUCUGGAUUUUCCUUUCAAGUUGGUCAUUUGAAUAUUCCAUACUUUUUUUUAUUUGACUUUUUAUAUAGACUUUAUCUGCAACUGGGUGUAUUAGGACAAAAUUCUGUUAAGGAGACAUAAUAUAUUGUACGUUGGAACUAUAAUUUAAAACAUGGAACGCCCCUUCGACUUGUGUUUUUUAGAUGAUGUGAUGUCAAAACUAAUUGACAAAUUAUGUAGCGGCGGCUGAUAUUUAAGCAAAACUGCAUUAAAAAUAAGCUCAAGUGCAGCUUAAGCUACUCUUAAGACACAAAAACUGCACAUGAUGCGUCAGCACAGGCAUGAGAAUUUAAAAAAAUGUGAACACAUAUUCCUGAUCCGGCUGCUGCACUGCUUCCUUUUAACCAGCAGGUGGCAGCGUGUCCCAACAACAGGCCACACAAAGAACACAAGGACCUAUUUCUGUUGUUCGCAGAAAAUCCAGAUAAGAACAUGAGCAUGCACCAAAUCUCAUGUCAGACCACGCUAAUGCUCAGACGCAGUCCGCAUCGGUCUGAAAACACUUUUUUUUUUUUUUUGUUCGUUGCAGAGGUGUUCCGACCAUAACCGACCUUGACUUGUGUAAUGCAGUGAAUCUCCAUGUUUGUCUGUUUCUGUUGCUGUUCUGUUUUCUCAUUCGACUGCACUGGUGAAAGUGAAUAAACAUGUUUUCCAAGUUGGA